CCCAGGAGUCCCUGCAGAGCCAGUCCGGCUGGGUGCCGCUCCUGCUGGCCCUGCUGCACGAGUACACAGCCAGCAACUCCCGCUGGCGGCCCUACUUCUCCCUCUGGCAGGACUUCCGGAGCCUGGAUCACCCCAUGUUCUGGCCUGAAGAAGAGCGAACAAGGCUCCUGCAGGGCACAGGCAUCCCAGAAGCUGUGGACAAGGACCUGGCUAACAUCCACCUGGAGUACAGCUCCAUCGUCCUGCCUUUCAUGGAGUCCCACGCUGAUGUCUUUGACCCCAAGCUGCACACGCUGGAGUUGUACAAGCAGCUGGUGGCAUUUGUCAUGGCCUACAGCUUUCAGGAACCUUUGGAGGAGGAAGAUGAAGAUGAGAAGGGGCCCAAUCCUCCAAUGAUGGUGCCUGUAGCAGAUAUUUUGAAUCACGUGGCCAACCACAACGCCAACCUGGAAUACUCCCCCCAAUGUUUACGAAUGGUUACAACACAGCCCGUCAGCAAAGGCCAAGAGAUCUUCAACACCUACGGGCAGAUGGCCAACUGGCAGCUCCUACACAUGUAUGGCUUCGCGGAGCCGUACCCUGGCAACACCAAUGACACAGCCGACAUCCAGAUGGUGACAGUACGCGAGGCGGCGCUGCGGCGUGCCAGAAGCGAAGCGGAGCAGCAGCUGGUCUCAGAACAGUGGGACUUCUUGUGCCAGCUGGAGAUGGUGGGGGAGGAAGGUGCCUUUGUGCUCGGCUGGGAUGAGGUGCUGACAGAGGAAGAGCUGUCCGUGACCCUGAAGGUGCUGUGCAUGUCAGAAGAAGAAUUCAAGGAGUAUAAGGAGCAAGAUGGCUGGGAAGAUGACAGCGAGGAAGAGGAAAACUCCACCCUUUCUAAUGAGGCUCUCUCCAGACUUAAAAGCCCUUGCAAGAAGCUCCUUUAUGACAGCGUGCUGCUGACCCUCGAGUCCUACAGGUCAGACUUGAAAGCGGAGCAGGACUUGUUAAAUGACAAGGAGGCUUACGAGAAGCUGAGUCAAAGGGAGCAGCAAGCUUUGCAUGUGCGCUAUGGACAGAAAAGGAUCUUGCAUCAGCUGCUAGAGCUGGUACACUAG